UGUUACAUGACUAUACAUCGAUUUUGAUCGUUAAAUCUCGAUACAGUAACUUUACAAUAUAUAUAUAUAUAAAUAACGGUACUAGCGAAACAGUGAGAGUGUACUAUAAAGCAAGAUCUAACAGACAAGAUUAUUAAACAAAAGUUCUAUAAACAAAAUCGCCUAUCCAUGGAUCUCUUGAAAGAAGUUCAACGUUUAUGGAUAGAAAAGAUUGAUCCACGAGUAGUCGAUUUUCCUUUAAUCCAAUCUUCUUAUUAUGUGCCACUUAUAAUAUUCGCGUAUUUAUAUUUCAUACUCAGAUGUGGGCCUCGAUUUAUGAAAAACAGGCAACCAUAUUCACUAAAAACGUUUAUAAAAUUAUAUAACAUUAUUCAAAUUGUGGCGAACGCUUGGUUGGUUUAUGACCACAUCGAUGCCGGCUUGUUUACAAACAAUUUACAAAAUAUAUCGUGUUCAGUAGUUUUUGAUUAUUCCUACGAUUAUACUUCAUUAAGGUUAUGUAGGACUGUAUGGUAUUAUUUUUUGCUAAAAAUCUUGGAUUACGUCGAAACAGGCAUAUUCGUAUUAAGGAAAAAAAAUAAUCAAGUGUCUGGUUUGCAUAUAUACCAUCAUGUAUCUACCUUGUUUUACGCAUGGAUAGGUGUAAGAUAUUUAAUUGUUACUCCGGCAUUGAUUGGCAGCAUGUUAAACAGUUUCGUACACAUGCUAAUGUAUACCUACUACUUCCUAGCAUCUUACGGGCCAAAUGUUCAAAAGGCAAUAGCACCUAUGAAACAAUGGAUAACUAAAAUACAAAUGGUGCAAUUCAUCAUAUUGAUCCUGUUUUUUUCGCACAAUUUUCUGCCAAAUUGCAAGAUAAUGGAGCAUUGGGUAGUCAACCUUUACAUUUUCAAUUUAAUAAUAAAUUUCUAUCUGUUUUAUGAUUUUUAUAAAAAAACAUACGAUAAACCUAAGAGCAAAAUUUAAUAGAGAGAUAUAUGCAAAUUCGAAAAUCAUCAGUUAUUGUUUAUAUACAAUCGACUUUAUUGUAAACUUAUCGGGAUCCAAAAACGUUAUUUUCCGCUCGAUUUCUUAUUUUAAUUAAUGACAUAUGAUAAAUGUAAAUAAUAAAAAAGAGCAGCGCAGAA